AUGGACGAUGCAGGUUUCUUCUCAUUUGCGUCUUUCUCAUGGAUGAGCCCCAUUAUGUGGAAACUGUUCCGGAACCGCCUCGACCUCAGUUCCCUCUCGAUCUCUCCAAACGAUGGCUGCAGCACCAAUGGAGACAGGCUGGAGAGGCUGUGGGAUGAGGAAGUGAGUCGUGUGGGUCCAGAUCGCGCCUCAUUGGUCCGAGUGGUGAUGAGGUUCGAGAGGAGCAAGCUCAUUCUCAGCGCCAUCGCAUCACUCCUCCUGGAGACCCUGCUCUUCACCGGGCCUUCUGUGCUGGUGCAUAUGAUCCUGGGUUAUGUGGAGUCUGAGGAGGGCAGGUCGGUGGGCUUUAGCGUGGGCCUGUGUCUGGCUCUCCUGGUGACGGAGUCCGCUAGGCACUUCUUGCUGUCCCUGCUGUGGGCCACCAACAUCCGCAUGGCCAUACGCAUGAAAGGAGCCUUCAGCAUGCUGGCCUUUCGCAAGAUCACCCGCAUACGAGCCCUCACUACCGUCUCAGUGGGAGAGGUGAUCAACGUGCUGACGGUGGAUAGCUAUCGCUUGUACUCUGCGUUUGUGUUUGGGCCGUUUCUCUUUGUGAUCCCUUCUCUGCUGCUGGCCAGUGCAGCCUUCGCCUGUUACAUACUGGGGUACACCGCGCUCUUAGGAGUCGCUGUCUACCUGGCCUUCCUGCCUAUACAGGUUGGCUUUGGCAAGAUCAUCAACUUUUUCCAACGUAAGGUUGUCAGGGAAACCGAUAGCCGCGUGCGCACCAUGAACGAGCUGCUGACCUGUAUCAAACUCAUCAAGAUGUACGCCUGGGAAGAGUUCUUCAGCAAGAAGAUCUCAGAUAUCCGUAAGCAGGAGGAGAGUCUGUUGCAGUAUGUUGGUUAUGUGCAGAGCAUGAACACCUCCAACACCAUCAUCACCCCCGCCCUGGCCACCAUCUUUACCUUCACCAUACACACUCUGCUGGGCCUGCCGCUGCUCCCCUCCACGGCCUUUACCAUUAUUGCAGUAUUCAACUCCAUGCAGUUCUUUCUGCGUCUUUUGCCCUUCGGUGUCAAGGCUAUUGCUGAAGGCCUCAUCUCCAUUGGACGACUCAAGAGGAUGCUGCUGCUGAGGAACCCUGAUGCGUACGUGGAGCAGGGGAGAGGCCUGGACGCCGCUGUCAUCAUGGAGGACGCAUCCUUCUCCUGGACACCACCAACACACCCCUCCAAUGGCACACACACCUCCCACACACACACCUCCAAUGGCACACACACCUCAAACACACACACCUCCAAUGGCACACACACUUCCCAUGACACACACACCUCCAACACACACAUCUCUGAACACACAGACAUGUCUAACACCAACAGCUCCAGCACACACACCUCCAGUGACUCAAGCCACGACACACAGACAUCGGAGGACAGCCUCGCCCUGAGACACCUCAGCUUCACCCUGCCCAAGGGGCAUCUGCUGGGAGUGUGUGGGAAUGUCGGAAGUGGGAAAAGCUCCCUCAUCAGCAGCAUCCUGGAACAGGAGCAGAAUGAGGAGGCUGCAGCUGAUUCGUUCUCAGAUGAAACUCCACAGCCAAUAGGGGAUAAGUCUGUCAAGAAUGGAAUCUUAAACAUUGCCUUUAACAUGAUGGAUGAAGAGAGGGAUGGACAAAACGUGGGGGAACGUCCUGUUAAGACAGAGAAUCAGUUGGUUAAACAGGAAGUUGCUCAAGAAGGCUCAGUAACGUGGAGGACGUACAAACAGUACUGCAACGCUGCAGGAGGCUUCUUCACGCUGUCGUUGGUGUUUCUGGGGUUCAUGCUGCUUGUGGGGACGACAGCCUUCAGCGACUGGUGGCUCAGCUACUGGCUACACCAGGGAUCAGGGAAUACCACAGCGGGACACCUCAUGGGUAGCAGUGAUGGUGGUGGUAACGUGACGGCUGGCAGCAUCACAGACAACCCUGCCCUUGACUACUACCAGCGUGUGUACGGCCUCACCAUACUGCCCAUGCUGAUAUUCAGCGUCCUCAAGGCAUACUCCUACACACGGGUCACGCUGCGCGGCUCCUCCAAGCUACACAAUGCCAUGUUUGACAAGAUCUUGUUCAGUCCGAUGAGCUUCUUUGACACCACCCCCACCGGCCGUCUGGUGAACCGCUUCUCUAAGGACCAGGAGGAGCUGGACGGGGGGCUGCCCCUCAGUAUGGAGGUCUUCCUCCAGUGUGGUCUGGUCACCACCUCCAUCCUCAUCACCAUCGUAGCCGUCUUCCCAAUCAUGCUCCUCGUCAUUGCCCUCCUAGGCCUCGUGCUCACACUCUUUCUCUAUAUUUUCCAGAGGGGCAUCCGUGUGCUGAAGCGGAAGGAGAAUGUGAGCCGCUCUCCCUGGAUCUCUUUGACCACCUCUGUCAUACAAGGCCUCAGCACCAUACACGCAUACGACAAGAGGGACCAGUACAUACACAUGUUCAGGGACAUGACAGACACCAACUCCAACCUCUACCUGUUGUGGAACUCCAGUACGCGGCUGCUGUGCAACUUAGUGGGCUUGCAGUCGGCCCUCAACAUCUUCAUAGUGGCGCUGUUCACCAUGCUCACGCCCAACGACACCAUUAACGCCUCUAUGAAGGGUUUAGCCCUCGCUUACACUAUUCAGCUAACCAAGUCGUUGGCGUAUUCGAUACAGCAAUCUACGGAGGUUGAAGCCAAAUUCACAUCUGCGGAGAGACUGCUGGAGUACAUCACGGGGUGUGUGUCGGAGGCUCCGAGGCUUGUGAAGGGGGUGUGUCUUCCAGAGGGUUGGCCUCAGCAGGGACAAAUCAACUUCUGUGACUACAGCAUGCGUUACCGUGACGACACGCCCAUCAUCCUCAAGCAGAUGAACCUGUCAAUCAGGGCCAGAGAGAAGCUCGGCAUCGUGGGACGCACCGGAUCUGGCAAGUCGUCUCUUGGCGUGGCCCUGUUCCGGCUGUGUGAGCCUGCAGGGGGCGCUGUGGUGAUUGAUGGUGUGGACUGCAGCAGCGUCGGCCUCCAGCAGCUCAGGAGUCAGCUGUCAAUCAUCCCUCAGGACCCCACGCUCUUCACUGGCACUGUCAGGUAUAAUCUGGACCCCUUUGACAAGUACAGCGAUGAGCAGAUCUGGUUGGCUCUGGAGAACACCUACAUCAGAGCUAUCGCCAGACUGCCAGAGCGGUUGCAGGCUCCAGUGGUGGAGAAUGGAGAGAACUUCUCAGUGGGGGAGAGACAACUCAUGUGCAUGGCCAGAGCGCUGUUGAGGAACUCAAGGAUCAUCUUGUUGGAUGAAGCGACGGCCUCCAUCGACUCGGAGACAGACUCUCUGGUGCAGCAGACGAUACGAGAGGCCUUCAGAGACUGCACCGUGCUCACCAUAGCUCACCGCCUCAACACCGUACUACACAGCGACCGCAUACUGGUCAUGGACAAUGGACAGGUGGCAGAGUUGGAUUCUCCAGAAGUUCUGAUGCAGCGGCCCGGCUCCCUCUUCUCCUCCCUGCUGUCGGCUGCCAACCAGGUCGAGACGUGAUGAUGGAAACACACGCGCACACACACAUGCAUGCACACACACGCGCGCACACACCAGAUCCAGUGUUAAGAUCUGUUGUCAGAUUUGUUCGCCACGAUCCAAGGAAUACUUUGAGCCAAGGAGCUACUGUGACUGUGAUUAUUAAGCAAGUCUGUUGUAAUCUAAUAUGUUUAUAAAGUCACCACAAUUAUGAAUUAGUCUAUUCGUAGCAUUUUAAAUAUUGAAGAAAAGGGAAAAAUCCUCUGCUUGUUUUUUAUGUAUAUAUCUAAUAUAUUUUUUAUAAAUCAGUGACAAAUGUAUUAAACAUACUAACGUUAAUUGAUGAGAGGAGGAGCCAGGUGUUGUACUCGCUAUGACCACCAGGUGUCGUUGCUGUGCUGUUUGUAUCUGCGCUGUAUACAAUAAAGAUGUUUAUGGCAUACGA